GUGACCCCUUAGUGGAUGAGGGAAAGGCUGUGGACAUUGUCUGCCUGGACUUUAGUAAGGCCUUUGGCACUGUCUCCCAGGGCCUUCUGCUGGAGAAGCUGGUGGCUCAUGGCAUAGACAGGUGGGCUCUUGGCUGGGUGAAAAACUGGCUGGGUGGCCAAGCCCAGAGAGUUGUGUUUGCUGCAGAGAGCCAGCUGCUGCCUGGGAAUAACUUCACCACCGAGUGCAACAUCCCUGGGAACUUCAUGUGCAGCAACGGGCGCUGCAUCCCGGGGGCCUGGCAGUGCGACGGGCUGCCAGACUGCUUUGAUGACAGUGAUGAGAAGGAGUGUCCCAAAGCCAAAUCCAAGUGUGGAGCCACCUUCUUCCCCUGCGCCAGCGGGAUCCACUGCAUCAUCGGCCGCUUCCGCUGCAACGGCUUCGAGGACUGUCCCGACGGCAGCGACGAGGAGAACUGCACAGCAAAUCCCUUGCUUUGCUCCACUGCCCGAUUCCACUGUAAAAAUGGUCUUUGCAUUGACAAAAGCUUCGUGUGUGACAGUCAGAAUAACUGUCAAGACAACAGUGAUGAGGAGAGCUGUGAAAGCCCUCAAG